GUUUACACGUCGUUCAUGCACGAGGUCACGAUCACGAGUUUAGAUGAUGUGGAAGAAUGUGGUUUAGCUACGACCCUGAACAUCUCCCGCUGGACUAGACAUCAGGGUCCUGCAGUGUUCCUGGUUUUCCUUCUCUACCAGAGGUCCAGAGCACACGAUCGUUGCUUCAGGUCAGUUUUCCAUGCAGAGCUUCCAGCAGGAUUCACAAAGGAGACUCGAAGGAACAGAUCAGUUCAGCUCAUGGAGAGAGAUCAGUUCAUCACCAGGCUGCGAGAUGCUCUUCAGGGUGAGAGGGAGAAGACCUCCAAGCUGCAGUCUCGCAGUAACCAGCAGGCAUUAGAAUUAAAACGCAGAGAGCAGCUCAUCAACAGGAUGAAGGAGAAGCUCUCGCAGUUUACAGACAGACACCGAGGCCUGUCUAUAGAGACCAUAAAUGCUCAUCCUAAGCUGCUAGGACAGAGAGAGCCUGUGUCCCGGAGAGCACAGUCUGAUGGCAGGAAAGAGGAGGCUCUGAGGUUAAUGCUGGAGAGGAGGGAGGCUGAACUCAGGGAAGCUAUGAAGCUGCGUCACAGCCUCACGACUCUACUGCACGCGCUCAGAACUGACAUGCAGCAGACUCUAGAGGAGGUUGUGAACACCGAGGAGGAGGAAGAGGAGAAGACGGCCACGAGCAGGCUAGUCCAAUCAGAGCAGUCGCUUGGUGAUCAUGUGACAGGUGGUGUGUUUCUGGAGUGGACACACGUACAGAAGAGGAUGAGGGAGCUGCAGGCACAAAGUGUGUGAAUGUGGUUUGUUGGU